UAUCUGGUUUCGAAAAAGAGGUAGCUUUCAAGGUGUUUUUGGUAAGGGUAAACUCUCGAAAAUGCACCUGAGAUACUUUUGAAUCAGUUAAGAUACCCAUGGCGAACUGCCCGGCAGCAUGUUCGCUCUCCCUCCCGCCUCCGCAGAUUCACGAGUCCAGCACGAGGUCGACUCCAAGGACAACUUGGGACAUCAGAUCAACCCGUCCCGACCAUGAGCCCCAAAGUCAAGUGAGGUUUAACGUUUCAUUUGAGCGGGAUCCGUCAUCCUAUUCCUUAAGGGAAAUCGAGAUUGACCAUGCCGGGGAAUCCAAACUGCCCUGCACUCGCUUUUGCGGUGUCUGUGACUUUUGCAGCUUGGUCAAAAGUUUUCUCAGGGGACGUUAUGGAUCUCAAAUGCUGGAUUGGCUCCAGUCCACACCAGUGAAUUCAAGCCCGAGCCCGCUCAAGGUGCUCGUGGAGUUAGAUGCUCUUGCUUUUAUGAGGGAAUGCGCCGGGUGGCUUAUCGAUGGGCGCUUGACCAAAACUGGGGACCCAUACAUUCUCUCCCUGCGUGGCAAGAUGUCCCUUAUUCAGGAUGAUGAGUUAUUGCAGCAGAACACGGAUGUAGUCGUGCCGCUAGAGCUUUUUGCUGAAGACGGCAGCGUUGCCGCGGAAUACUAUGGAAUCCAUCGGAGACCGCUGGACAAACAUGCCCUAAAUGAUCGCAACAUGGAGAAGCUAAGAGCAUGGCUGGAUGAAUGUGAUAAAGAGCAUGGCAAGUGCAAUGAGCCGGAACUAAAGGAGGAGUGGGAUGAAGAAAUGUGGGAGGAUAUCCCAAUGAGAAAAUUCCUGCCAACUCGUCUUCUUGAUGUCGGUGACGCUCACACUGGGCGUCAACCGAAGCUAGUAGUAUCACGAGAGCAUUUUAAUGAAGGUCAGGAUGUGAAAUAUUUCGCCCUGAGCUACUGUUGGGGCUACGAAGAAGAAGAACGGCCUUUCAUGACUCUGCGGCAAUCAUUCUCUGAGCACCUAAAAAGCGUACCGUAUCUGUCGCUUCCAGAAACCUUCCGCAACGUCAUCGAUCUCGCAAGAGAUUUGAAUGUCCAGUAUGUCUGGAUCGACAGCUUAUGCAUCAUUCAAAACCUCCGACGUGACUGGCGACGCGAAUCGGCUCAGAUGCGGAAGAUUUUCAACAAUGCCUACUUAACGAUCGUUGCUGCGUCCGCAUCCUCGAGCCAUGGCGGCUUCUUGCAUCGGGAUAAUGGACCGACAUGUACCAUAUCGAUCGAACAGUCUGACGUUGAUGCCCCGGAUCCGGCACACUAUUCCUACUCCCUCCGCCAUCGACCCGGCGUCAAAUGGUGGGGAAGCGAUAAGAUGGCCGGCAUCUCUGGCGGGCGCUGGAUCAAGCGUGCAUGGACGUUUCAAGAAGAGCGACUCGCCAAACGGGUACUGAUAUUUGGCGAGUCGAAAUUCUUCUUUGAUUGCCGCGAAUUCGAACGAGUGGAGGAUACAGAUUAUCUACAUCUGCGGCCGGACUGGUCUGAGACGCUCUAUGGCGUACCAGAAAGUGAAUUGAUGCAGUCGAUGAUAAGCCAGGUGUCGGGCUUCAGUGCUGGGAGUGCAAGUAACCGACAGCGGCAGCAGCCGGGCAUAUUCGAUCACUGGCAGACGCUUUGCAACCAUUACUCGCGGCGACAACUGACGUUCGAGGACGACAAGUUGCCCGCGCUGUCGGGAAUGGCGAGUACUCUCGGCCUGAAGGUCAAGUCGGAGUACUUGGCAGGGCUCUGGAAAGAUCAUUUGUACCACGACCUGUUUUGGCAGACCAAAGGCACGGCCACCAAAGUCGGGCAAUAUCGAGCUCCCUCGUGGUCAUGGGCGGCGCUGAAAGCCGAGGAGAUCCAGUGGAAAUACUGGUACAGGUGCCUCGACGACAAUUGCAAGCGCUACAGCGAUAUUUUGGAAGUGGAUACGAUGAUCGAUGGAAUCGAUCUUUACGGGGCGGUGGUUGAUGGAUUUCUGAAGAUCGCUGGCCCAAUAGUUCGGGUCAUGUUGACUUGGGAUCCGAUUGAGGGGAUGGCCCGACACCCUUGGAAAGUCUCUGUCGACAGCAAUGAGAUAGCAAGAGCAGACUUGGAUCUACAGAAUGAAGGCCCGGGACAGGAUGAUCGCGAGCGGACCGCUUGGGCCUUACUCGUGGCGAGAUGCACAGGAAGCCAAUCGCCCCCACGAGGAUUAGUUUUAGAAGAAACGCACCGGCCCCACAUACAGGAACGAACCUUAGAACGCAUCGGCAUAUUCAGGAUCUAUCCAGAGAGUUCCCCAACUUCCAAGACAUUCCUUGAGAGAUGGGAGCACAUGCCACGAGAUAAAUUAAUCAUCAUAUAGGGCAAGCCAUUGUUAUCAAGGGAAAUGAAAGCAAAGUUAUUUGGAAAUCGCGUCCCAUGGGUAUCAUACAAAUUUUUCCUAGAACGCCACUUUUGGUUCAGUGAUGGCCUCUGCUUUUGUGAAACUGUGAAGUGAUGGGGAAUUGAUUUGGAUGGGGCAGGAAACGAAGGGCCGAUGUGAACUGUCCUAUCACCGCUUUGUUCUCCGAACCUCAAAGG